CUAAUUCCGAAUCGCACAAGACUUCCUCUAUUUCACACCUCGACGACUUCGACGCGCCAACAUCUUGAACAUAAUUGUUCCUUUUCUGUCCUUCUUGUCUAGCUUGUUGCAUACCUAGUGAGCAGCUCCUCCGUUUUUAACAUUGCACAUUCAUGAAUUCCUUUUUUAUGUGCUGCCGUUUCUUUCCUGUCGUCCCUCAUCUGACGACAUAUUUCCAAAGCCGGGUGAUUAUUAACAAAGAGCUUCAUAGACGGGUGAAAAAGCGUCUUCUCGAUAGAGCUCCACCGCCACUAUUUUCUUUCUGUCACAUAAAGCUCGGUUCUCAUCGCCUAUAUACCUUGAGCUCUUGCGAUUUACGCCUCCUCGUCUCGCACCUUCAUUUUCUCAAUCCUAAAUUUUGAUUCAACACACAAUGGCCGACACGACCCAGGCUCCUUUGAACGGCUACCCUGCGCAACAUGCUUAUCCCGAUUCCUACAACCACACCCAUGCCAAUGUGAAUAGCGCUGCCAGCUUCCAGCCUGCGCAGUCUACCACUCCCUCGAACGCGCCCUCGACCGAGCAGAAGAAUGGCAUUGCCAAGGAUGAGGUUGGUUGGUACUUUGUCGAGCAGUACUAUACCAACAUGAGCCGUAGUCCGGAGAAGCUCCAGUUCUUCUAUUCCAAACGCUCUCAAUUUGUCUUUGGAACGGAGGCGGAGAGCGUCCCGGUUGCAGUGGGUCAGAAGGUAGGUGCACCUCAUUUGAGCGAGUCAUCGCAUCAGCGCUAUCGGGAAAAAAGCAAUUUCUGACGAUAGAUGUAUUUCAAGGCUAUCAAUGAGAAGAUUAAGCAGCUGGACUUCCAAGACUGCAAAGUCCGUGUGUUGAACGUUGAUUCGCAGGCCUCGUUCGACAAUAUCCUCGUC